ACAAAGAUACUAAUGGUAAAACAGAUGGAAGUUCCAAAGGGAAACUUCCGAAUAAAGAAUCGCGAUCUAGAGUUCCGAACCGAUCACUUGUCAAGAGCAAAUCAGAUAUGGCAUCAAAGAUCAGGAAUCCACCAGCCGGAAGCAGAACCGUGGUCCGGAAAUCUAGAUUUGAUCAGGAAGAGGAGAUUCGAAAGAAAAUCGAGGAGUUACGGAUUCAGCGCCAGAAGAGGAUCGAGGAGAGAAGUGCAGCUAAUGGAUCUAAACCAGUUACUUCCGGGAGAAACUCCAUGGAAAAUAAAGCCUCAUCAACUCCUAUGA